CAGUCGGCGAAUAUUCAUGAGGAGGAAUGGUUGAGAAUGGACCAUGAGUACCACAUCUGUCAAUCUCUUUGGUGAGAGAUUGAGAGUGCACUCAAUAUAUGUUGGGUAACUACAGGGUGGGAAUAAAGGUAAGGCGAAAUUGACUUGUGGUGGAGCCAACAAGUAAGUAAAUUGGAACCGCCGGUUACAAAGGCGUAAUUAACGCAGCGAGCCUGACUUGUAAGGAUGUGCUUGCAGGAAAAGGCCGUUUAAAGAAUGCCCUGCAAUCUACCGUGGAUAUUCUGGACUGCAAGGAAUUGCAUUCAGCAGCCAUGGUAGAUGGUAAAAAAGUAUAUUCGAAGUCAGGUUCGCUACGGGUAACGUUUGCCGGUUCGAUACUCCCAAAAUAUGUAGAUAUCGAAAAUAUGUUGUUUCCGGUGCGUCUUUUUGUACCCAGAGUUUUCAAUUGUACCAACUGCAAACAGUUGGGGCACACUGCCGAGUUUUGCGACAACAAGCCCCGUUGUGGCAAAUGUUUUGAAAGGCAUAGGGAGGAGUCCUGCCAACAACAAGUUACAAAGUGCGCUUAUUGUGGCAUGGACCCUCCCCAUGGUUUGCAAGAAUGUCCGGUGUACAAAAAGCGCACCCAAAAAGUUAAGCGUUCAUUAGUACAGCGCUCUAAGCAGUCGUAUGCAGAAAUAGUGAAGUCGCAAGACACAUCCGCAACUGCCAACGCAACGGCUGCUAUUUCAGCUGCCGUUCAAGUAAGUGAUUUUUAUAAUGUCAUUUCCAUAGACGAAUCGGACUCUGACGUAGCCGAUAUGGAUGAUUCUGCGGAGGUACACGUACCCGAAAAGAGGAAGAAACUGUCUUCCCCGGGAUUGCGCCGACUAUUGGAUACCCUUGUGGCCCGAGCUAUGGCCAUCCGGAAGAUGCUCCCUGACGAACCACAACUCGAGCCCGACGCUACGCCAUACCGUUAUUGACGUCAAAUACCCGGAUGAGCAGCUGAAAUACCUCAAACCUAAAUCCCAACCUAGUCCAUCCUGAAAUUACGCAAUCUAACCUUGAGUCGCCACGAGUAUCUUGGUCUAUACCCUUUCCCCUUACUAACUGUUGAUAAUAAGAUGAUAUCGAUUGUAAAUAUCAUAAAGUCUCGGCUCCGUUAAGUGUUAUACACGCCUGAGCCUGUCAAAUAAACACAACAGAUAAAAAAAAAAACGCUUCAUAAUGAACGUUAACUUCAUUUCCUGCUAGGCUGACCAUACGUCGGGACAGUCCCGGUUUUUAAGACCUUUUUGGGUUGUCCCGUCGUAAUCUAAAAAAUCCUCAAUUUGUGCCGUUUUUUCAUUGUUUCUACAUUGAUCAUACAUAGAAAGUGUUUGUUUGCGUCUUUAUUAGAGAGAUUUACUCAUUUUUCUCGUUUGUAACAUGUGACAUUUAUGCGUCCGACGGCAGUACAGCCCUGACUCAUCUCUCAACAAAGAAAGUGGUCGAAACCCUUAAAAAAACUCGAGAUGUUAUGUUAUUAGUGUUGCUUUGAAAAGAAUGCUAUCUAUGUCGUUUUGUAUUUUUCAUUGAUCGACUUUUUUCAAGGUUUUUAACAGUUAACGACAACAGGUGCUUCUCCGGGAGAUGCAGUUAAUGUUUUUUUUCUUCUGAUUCUGUAGCAAGUAACUUAUGUAGCAAGUCCUUCACUUUUUGACGUAAACUACGUCUAAGGGGAAGACUCGGAUACAGGGUGACAAAUGAAAAUUUCCAAGUUCGAGACCGUCACGAAAUCAUGUAAGAUUUUGAACUUUAAUAGCGCCUUUAUCUUCCGAUGGAUUUUUGAGAUUUAUAUAUCAAUCGAUUCGGAAAUUCUCUACCAAUUUGUCAAUUAUAUUGAAACUUUGGGUUAUGAAUGUUAAAAUAGGGUAUCGGAUCAUUUUGGCAGCACCCUCUUUUCUUGUCCUCCUUUUGAACUCUCCUUUUUGUGUGGUGUUUCGCACAAAAAGUGGGACAAUGGAGUGACCGCGGUCGAAACAAAUGUAACAAAAAAGCGUAAUGUAGUGCAUGGUGUAUAAAAAGUGAUCCAGAUAGGGGCAUGUUUGUGCAGGCAUGAGACGAUCAAUUGUUAUCAAUGCCAAUGCCCUUGCUAGUAAUGCAAUCAAUUAAUAUUAAAAAACUACUUUGGAAAAUGCAUUUUUUUUAGCAAACUGAAAACUAAUAAGGCCGUUACACAUAUUUAUUACAAAUUAUGGUCUCCGCAAAGUCAAGGGGGAGGAGGUAAUCUUCUUCUUCUUCUACUGAAUCCAGCGGCAUGAAAAUUCGAAUGCAGAGGUUUUUGGGGCCGGGGAAGGUUCUUAAGAUGGUUCGAGAC